AUGGAUUUAUUUAGUCAUUUAAAUUGGUAUAAGAGUAAUAAUCAACAACAACAACAACAAGAUGAUAACAAUUCAAAACCAUCAAUACCAGUAGGAAAGCUUAUAGUAUUGACAGAUACACUUCAAGCUGAAGGAUCAUUCAUCAUUCAUCAUUUAUUGCAAGCUAGUUCAAAGCAAUCAGAUAGUGGAGUAUGUUUGUUGGCACUGAAUCAAAGUUUCUAUCAUUACAAUAGUGUCGGUCGAAAGUUGGGAUACAACCUACAGAAUGAAAACGCAAAGAACAAGUUUAGCUUUAUCAAUGGAAUGUCAUCAUCACCAUACUCUUGGAUAGAUCGUUUACACGCACAACAAAUGGAAGAAGAAGGUGUAGAAGAGGAACCAACACUCGAUAACAUCUCUAAAGGUUUUCAACCAUUCCCAAUCACUCGUCUACUCAACAAUCAACCAACAUUCUCUCAAUUCCUUCAACAUAUCUAUACUCUCUUUACACAAGAUCAUCAAAAACGUCUAAACUAUAAUCCUUUAUCUCAAACUACUUUUAUCAUUGAUAAUAUCAAUAUUUUAAAUACAUUUAAUAAUUUAUCAAAUAACAAUCAACAAAAUCAAAAUAAUAAUAAUAAUAAUAGAAAUAAUUAUAAUUUAGAUAUAUUAAAUUUAAUUCAAUAUCUUCAUAGUUAUGUAAAUGAUAAUCAAAAUUGUAGUAUAGUUGUAUUAUUCCAUUCAGAUUGUAAUGAUGAUGAUACAUUCUUUAAAUUAUUACAAUAUGAAUCAGAUAUUACUAUUAUGGUUAAUUCACUUCAAACUGGUUAUUCUAAAGAUAUCGAUGGUCAAAUAUCAUUCCUUCAAAAGAAUCAAACAAAUCAUUCACUUGAUAUCAUUCAACCAAUUCAUUACAAAGUAUUAGAUAAUCAAAUUAAAUUCUUUGCUUUGGGUUCAAGAAUGCAAUAA